AUGAACGACCUUGAUUUCUCCCGCGGAGAAAAGGGGCGGCGCAUUCGUAUCAGGGUGGCGCAUGCAGAUCAAGGAGGGAGUGCCGACGCGGACCUCGGCCGCACGAGGGGGGUAUCCCGUCGACUCGAGGAGGAUAUUUCGUCGACUCGAGGAGGAGAAGGCUCUGACCCGGGAGACGCGCCCGACUCGGGAGACGACGCGCCCGACUCGGGGGACGACGCGCGCGACCUCACCAUCGCUCCUGUCCCCAGACGGUCCGAGAGCUGGAUGCUUGACUGGGAUGAGAGGCGGGCGGUGCUCGACUGGGAAGGGAGGCGGGCGGUGCUCGACUGGGAUGGGAGGCGGGUGGUGCUCGACCGGGAAGGGAGGCGGGUGGUGCUCGACUGGGAGGGGAGGCGGGCGGUGCUCGACCGGGAAGGGAGAUGCACAGUGCUUGACUAA